AUGUCGACACUUUUCCAACACUCAAAUGAAACUCUUCUCUUGAUCAUUGCCGAUAUGUUGGGCAAAGAUGUCACAUUGACAUUGGUCGGAAAUGUCAAAUACUCGGGAAUUCUGUCGGCUUGUAGUCAGGAUUUGGCACUUGGCUUGAGAUAUGCUUAUAAGGUGACGGAGGCCAAUCGACACAAUUUGUUGCCGGUUAAAAGUCAAGUGCACGAUAAGAUGAUCUUUCCGUUUAAGGUAGGCAUAUUUUGGGUGCAGACUAAAUCGACAUUUUUAUGUUUUUUAAGCAAGUGAGUUGAAAUAUUGGGUUUUAAUUUUAUUCAUAAGAUAGAAUGGUCUAAGACGAACAGAAUCAUAUAAAUUUUGAUGAAUUUAUGUUAUACAUACGUGAUUUAGCGGCUUAUCGUCUAAACAUCGCUAAAUCACUUAUGGAUAACGUAAAUUCAUCAAAAUUUAUAUGAUUCUGUUUGUCUUAGACCAUUCUAUCAUAUGAAUAACAUUAGAACCCAAUAUUUCAACUCAUUUGCUUAAAAAACAUGGAAAUUUCAUUUAGUUUAUAGUCCAGAGCUCAAAAAUCGACGAAAGCGUGGUUUUUGAGAUUCCAGAGUUGGAAAAUCGAGGUUAGCCAUGAUUUUCGAGCUCUGGAACAUGAAAAUCUAGAUAAUUAUGGUUUUUCAAGUCAGCAUGGGGAUUUAGACGUUUUUGAGUUCUGAAACUUUCAAGAUCUGUAAUUUUCAGUGCUCCUAAUGCUAGAAAUAUUGAAUUUCCAGGUUUCUAUGCUGAAAAAUUGAGGCUUGAGCGAUUUUUCAACUCGAAAAAAUGCUGUAAAUCCGACAUUUUGAGCUCUCCAGAGCUGAAAAUGCGAUUUUCUCACGAUUUUUCAGUCUGGAACCUUGAAACAUGAAAAAUUUUUCGCUCAAAAACCUGCAGUUCACGGAAAUUUUGCAGGACAUUGUCGAUGUAACAACUUACAUAACCGAACCAAAAGUUGGUACAAAAGCAAUGAGUUUUGCAACGGAUCGAGAUUAUCACGGUGGUGUUCGAAAUGGUGCAAGUUCAGGAAGUAGUGCACCCAAAAAUCAUAAUGAUGAUCGAUUGGAAGAAUGGACGGGAGAGGAUGAUGAGGGACUUGGUUCGAUUGAUGAUCAUGAUAAUAUUGCUCAUGUUAGUUUGAGGAGAAUUUGGAUGAUUUUGAGCUAGAAUUCAUGAAAAUAGGCCUUUUUUCAUGAUUUUCAGCUUGUUUUCAAGCUAAAACAUGCCAUUUUCCAGGAUUUACCGGACCAACGAAAUCGUUGUGGACCAGGAUGGUCGGUUGAGGAAAUGUUUGCGGCAAAUAAGGAAAAGGUCGUUUCGACUUUUAAGGAUGAUUUGACACAGUACACAACGUAAGUUCCCUAUUUUUUGGCUGAAAAUUCACGAAAAAUGAUGAAAAUUGAAGUUUUUCAUCGAAAAGUUCAAGUUUCCAGUUGUUUCCUUCCAAAAAUUUAUGAAAAAUCAUAUUUUCUGACCAAAAACCAUAAUAUUUUUCAGCGUUGCUGUUGAAGGAACUGAAGAAGAUCGAGCACGUGCCGAUCGUUUGGCUCGUGAAAUUGAACAAAAUCAAUCGUCCAAAUUCUAUGCUCGUUUGGAAAAUGAUGAUAUUGAAAGAGAUUUGGAUAAAGAGACGGGAGAGGAUGAUUUUGAAACUGUUGGAAAUCGACGAAAAGGGUUGGUUUUUUGGGGAUUUUGAAGGGAAAUUUGAUGAAUUUGUGAUUUUUUAUUGAAAUUUAUCAAAAAACACCCGAAAAAUCAUCAGAAAUCCACGAUCUUUGGCCUGAAAUUUAUCAGAAUCCUCAUUUUCAGAUUCCAAAACAAAUCCAACAAUCAUCAACGUUCAAAUAACAAUUCCUCAAACUUGAACACAUCCACAAAUCGACGAGCUGAAGCAUUGAAAGGUGGAAAUAAUAGUGAUAAUCGAAGAAAUAGUGGAGGAGGAGCAAAUAACAAUCAACAACAGAGAUAUUCGGGAAAUAAUAAUUCCAGACGAAAUGAUGAAAGUUUUGGUGGGUUUUUGGUGGUUCGGGGGCGAAAAUGCGAGUUUUUAAGCCAAAAAUUGGAAAAUUCAUGGAAUUUUCAAUCAAAAUAUUGCUCAUAUUAAUUUUUACACAUACAAAUGAUGUAAUCCUGUUGUUUUCCCAUUUAAAAAAAUUUGAAAUAUUUCAAGUUAUUGCUCAUUUUAAACUUUAUCGCCAAAAAAAAAUGUUUUUUUUUUUGAAAUUACAAGUUUUGGCGACAAAAAAUCUACGAUCUUUUUUCGCGCCAAAACUGCAUUGCUCAUAUUAGCACCAUAAACGGCACACAAAACGUGCAUUUUCUAGUUUUUGUACUGUUUUCUCUCUGUUUCUCUGCGUCUCUUAUCUUUCUCUCACUCUUCAAAACUUUUCUGUGUUCAAAAAACGAUUUUUUUUGUUCUCGAAAAAAAGUUGUAUCUUUUUUUUUUGGACAAAAAUCGAUGGUUUUUCCGAGAAUUAUUGAUUUUUUUUUGAUUGACAGGAGAAUUGAUGAGUUUUUGGAGAUAAAAAUAAUAAAAAUACGGUUUUUUUCUGGUUUUUGGCCGGAAUUUAAAUUUUACUAUAAUUUGCGCGGGAAAAUUUCAAAUUCUCAGCCUAAAACUAGAAUUUUUGCAGCCGACAAAUCUUCCACUCAACAAAAAUCCCAAAAUUAUCCACAAAAACAAAUGUUGGACUCACGCCAAAAUCAAUCAAUCAAUAAACCAUCGGAAGAGGAGCGAAGAGCCGGAAAGAAUUCGAUAAUCACAAGUCUCAAGAAUUUCGGAAAUGAAUUUGAGCUGAAAGGCGGUGAACAACAAGCGGUAACUCAAGCAGCUGGAGCAUGGAAUAGUGGACCACCAAAAUCAUUAUUGGCUAAAGGAAAUGAGCAAUUGGGAGGAGGAGGAGGAGCAUCGACUAGUGAACAUCAAGAGAAACGAGGUGAUUUUUGGAGCGUUUUAAGCUAAAAAUUAUGAUUUUUGAGCCUAGGAGCAUGUUUUUGGACACUUUUGAGCUUAAUUUCAUAAUUUUCAAGAAAAAGCUGGCUGAAAAUCAUUAAAAAUACGCUCAGGACCAUUAAAAUGAGCCUAAAACCAAGAAUAGCUGAUUUGGAGCAUUUAAAGCUGAAAAUUAUGAUUUUUGAGCCCGGAAAUGUGCUUUUUGGACAAUUUUGAGCCCAGAAACUUGAUUUUCCGACAAAUUUCAUCUAAAAAUCAAUAUUUCCAGAACCAAUUGAGAAUUCGGCAUCGACAAGUGCACCAAUUGAAACCGCCAAUACCAAUAAUUAUAAUAAGAAUAAUAAUACGAAAUUGAAUGAUAGUGCAGAGCAAGGAAGUGAAAAGUGAGUUGUUUUUUGAGGAAAAUGAGCCGAAAUACGUGAUUUUUGAGAAAAUUUGGGUCUUGGAGCGAUUUUUUAAAGGAACAUGGCAGUUUUUGGUCUUGAAGCGAUUUUUGAAGUUUUUUUCACUAGAAAUUAAAAAAUUAUUUGAUGAAAUUGGUCUUGAAGCGAUUUUUAAAGGGACAUUAGCUAGAAAUUGGUCUUGAAGCGACUUUUUAUAGCUAUGCUCCUUUAAAUUCGCUUCUGGACUUUAAAAAUCACUUAAAAGUCAAUGAACCUUUAAAAAUCGGGUUUUUGAAUCGUCUCAGGACACAUUUAAAGGAGCAUGUCCCUUUAAAUUGGUUUUGAAGCGAUUUUUAUAGCUAUGCUCCUUUAAAUUCCUGAAAAUUUGCUUCAAAACGGUUUUUUUUGGUUUUUAAUUUGAAUUUUUAAAGGGACAUUAGCUAGAAAUUAGGAUUUUCUUUGCUGAAAUUGGUUUUGAAGCGAUUUUUAUAGCUAUGCUCCUUUAAAUUCUUGAAAAUUUGCUUCAAAACGGUUUUUUUUGGUUUUUAAUUUGAAUCGUCUCAGGACACAUUUAAAGGAACAUGUCCCUUUAAAUUCUUAUUUAAAAUCCACAAAUGUUUGGGUUUCUGAUCAAUUUUCAACAGAAUGUUCCUUUAAAAUUCCACAUUUGCGAAUUUUUUGAGCCUAAAUUCGAGAUUUUAGGGCUCAAAAUUUGGAUUUUCCUCAAUUUGAUGUUUUAUUCAAAAAAUUGGAGUUUUUUGAGGAAAAAUACAUGAUUUCUCAUGAAAUUGGUCUUGAAGCGAUUUUUUAUAGCUAUGCUCUUUUAAAUUCCUGAAAAUUUGCUUCAAAACGGUUUUUUUGGUUUUUAAUUUGAAAAUCGUCUCAGGACACAUUUAAAGGAACAUGUCCCUUUAAAUUCUUGUUCAAAAUCCACAAAUGUUUGGAUUUCUGAAGCAUGUUCCUUUAAAAACCCCGAAUUUUUUCCAGCGAAUCGAAUACAAUGACACCAUCAACAGCCGAUGUCUCAGAUGCAUCUUCAACCACUGGCGGUGUCUCCAAAUCCACCUCCUCCUUCAAAUUCAAUGUAAACGCCCCUGAAUUUGUGCCAACUGGCGCCGCAAAAUCAACAACUCCCCAACCACCAGGCACACCGACUGGAAGUGUUGGCGGCGGAUACUCGACCACCUCCUACGGCCCACAAUUCGGCGGCCCGCAAGACUAUCCACAAGGUGGGCCACCGAUGAUGCAAGGACAACCGAUGAUGGUUUGGCAGGGUGGAAAUGGGCCGCAACAAGGAGCAGGCCCGCAAGGAGGUCCACAACAAUACGGACCACAAUAUCAAUAUGUGCAAUUGCAGGCGCAACCUGGUGCGCAAAGAGCGCAAGGUCAAGGGCAGAUUUAUGCGCAGCCACCGCAACCAGGGGCACGGAAUCCGCAACAAAACGCGCAACAACGAAUGUAUUGGCCGCAACCGGUCAUCAUGCCGCAACCGAUUGGGUAUUUCAAUCCGCAAGCUGCCGCAGCUACACAAAAUGCACCGCAAGGUUUUACGCAAGGAUAUCCGCAAGGUGGUGGUGGAUAUGCUGGAAAUGGUGCGAGCGGCGGAAGAGGUGGAAAUUAUCAGCAACAAAUGUAUAUGAUGCAGAAUCAAAGAGGAGGUUAUCCACAACAACAACAACAAGAGCAAGGUGGAGCUCCUUAUCAGGUAGGAUUUUUGGAUGAAAUUCGGGAAAUUUUGGAAUUUUUUGAGCCUAAAUUCGAGAUUUUAGGCUGAAAAUUAGGGUUUCUCUUAUUUCUGACGUGAAUUUUAUAUUUUCUGAUGAAAAUUGGAAGUUUUUUGAGCUCAAAUACAGGAUUUUUGAUGAAAUUUGGAGCAUUUUGGGCUGAAAAUUGGAAUUUUUCCUCAUUUUUAUGUUUUCUGAAGAAAAUUAGGGUUUUUUGAACCCAAAAUACAUGAUUUUUAUGAAAUUUCUAGCUUUCAAGUCUCAAAAUUGGGAUUUUCCUCAAUUUUAUGUUUUUUUGAUGAAAAUUGGAGUUUUUUGAACCCAAAAUACAUGCUUUUUAUGAAAUUUCUAGCUUUCAAGGCUCAAAAUUGGGAUUUUCCUCAAUUUUAUGUUUUUUUGAUGAAAAUUGGAGUUUUUUGAACCCAAAAUACAUGCUUUUUAUGAAAUUUCUAGCUUUCAAGGCUCAAAAUUGGGAUUUUCCUCAAUUUUAUAUUUUUUAAUGAAAAUUUGAGUUUUUGAGCUCAAAUACAGGAUUUUUGAUGAAAUUUGGAGCAUUUUGGGCUGAAAAUUGGAUUUUUCCUUAAUUUUAUAUUUUUUAAAUAAAAAUUGGCAGUUUUUGAGCUGAAAUUCGUCAUUUUUAUGAAAUUUCUAGCUUUCAAAGCUCAAAAUUGGAUUUUUCAUCAAUUUUAUGUUUUUUAAAUGAAAAUUGAAGUUUUGAGCCAAAAAAAACAUGAUUUUUAUGAAAUUUCUAGCUUAUAAGGCUCAAAAUUGGGUUUUUUCUCAAUUUUAUGUUUUUUUAAGCCAAAACACAUGAUUUUUGGAGCAUUUUGACCUAAAAAUGCUCAUUUGUCGUGAAUCUUGAUGAGCGUUGCCCAAAUUUCUGAGCGCCCAUUGUAAAGGCCGACAUAUACUAAACAAAAUGUCUGAAAAUCCCUUCUGUAGCUCGAAAAAACACGUUUUUCUUGCUGAAAAUUUCAGAUUUUUCACAUAAAUUUGUUUUGCAGAGCGGACCACAAUCGCAUCCGAAUAGUCAACCGACAACUCCUGGACCACAACAACAACAAGGAAAUAAUAAUAAUGGGCAAGGUGGUGGACAACAAGGAAAUCAACAACAACAACAUCCACAGCCAGUGCCUUCUCCGGGACAGGUAAGAAUUGGAAAUUUUUGGAUUUUUCAUGGGAAAUUGAGCCUGGAAGCUGAAAAUUUGGAUUUUUUUGGUCUAGGGACCUAAAAAUUGCAUUUUUCAUCGAAAAUUGAGCCAGGGAGCUGAAAAUUUGGAUUUUUUUGGUCUAGGGACCGAAAAAUUGCAUUUUAAAUCGAAAAUUUGGUCCUGAAACGAACAUUAAAGGAUCAUACAGUAGUCCCCAAAAUUUGCACGAUUUUUUUAUGUUGUAAUUGUGGAAUAUUCAAAGGAACAUACAGUAUCCAAUUUUUGGGUCUUGAAACGUUUGAAUACCCAAAGUACAGUACUUAUAAUCAAAGGGACAUACAGUAGUCGCACGAUUUCCCUUUAUUUCGUUUUUGUUGUUGUACUGUAGUCGGUGAAUAUUUCAGAGUAUAACUGGUUCAAACUUGCGUCACGGCGGUGCGGAAUCCGGAAGCCAAGGUAGUCUUGCGGGAAGCGGAUCGCAAACCCGAUCCGGCUCUCCACAACCCAACAAUGCUCCGCCAAUUCCGCCACAACAUCAAAUGCCGCCUCCACAAAUUGCACCGCAACAAUUUGCGGCGGCCGCAGCAGCAGCGAUGCACGUUCCGCCGCCACAUCCGGCACAAAUUCAUCCGGGACAUCAUCCGAUGCAACAUCAUCCCGGAGCUCCGCAACCUUAUUAUCAUCAUCAUCCACAACAGGCAUGUUAUUUUGUUGCGUUUUUUGUAGUUUUGUGCUGGUUUUUUGGGUAAAAUGAGCCAAAAAUUGUGAAAUUUGAGCAUUUUUAACAUGAGCAAUGCUUUUUUUGAGUCAAAAUUAGCUAAAAUUCGGAAAUUCUCGAAAUUUUUAGGUUAAAAUGAGCAAUCCUGAAUUUUUCUUUAAAAAAUUCGGAUCUUUGAGCUUAAAAUGAGCAAUCUUCCGCUUGCCUUUCCAGCUGUAGUUUAACAUGAGCAAUGCUAAAAAAUUUGAAAUUGUUGUUCACAAAAUUAAUAAAAGGUUAAUAUGAGCAAUCACUUAUUUUUCCAAAAAUUAAGAUUAACAUGAGAAAUUCUAGAAUUUUAUGAAAAUUCAGAUUUUUUCUUUUCUUCAUUAACAUGAGCAAUGCCUAACUUAUUGAUUUCUUCCAGCCAAUCUAUUAUCAACAAGUUUAUCCACAACAACCACACGGAAUUCCAAUGCAACAAGGACCACAUGGAGGUUAGUUUUUUCUGGAAAUUUUUUCCUCACCCUGUCUGCAUGAUUUUUUUUUCUGGAAAUCCUCGAUUUUUGGCUGAAAAUCUGGAAUUUUUUGGCUUAAAUUGAGGGUUUUUGCAUGAUCUUGAGCCUGAUUGCAUGUUUUUACAAAAUAAUUUUUCAAAUAUGGGCUCCGUAGCUUCUAAUUAACUAAUUGAUGCAAUUUUCCGCUUCUAACCUUUUUCCUGCUUGAAAAUCACGAAUUUUGGCUCGAAAAUGAGAUUUUCCUACAAUUUUUUUUGUUUUUCACCCUUUCCUAACCUUUUCCCAGCUUCUUAACCCCAAAAAUCUCGAAUUCCUGCGUGAAAUUGCAUUCUAACCUGAGCAUUUUCCACCCAAAAGCUUCUACUUAAUUACCCUUGUUAAUUGGUCCCUUCCUAAUUAGUUUUCCAUUAUUUAGUUGGUCCACAUCAUCCAGGACAAAUGAUGGUAGAUCAACAACAUAUGAUGGAACAACAACAUCAACAACAUCAUCACCAAUCAAUGCAACAUCCACAACAACAACAACAACAACCAUUUGUUGUUGAUCAAUAUAAUAUGUAUCAAAAUGGUGAGAAAAUGGGCUGAAAAUGACUGAAAAUUUGGGAAAAUUGAGAAAUUUUGACCUGAAAUUCGUUAUUUUGGGCCUAGAAUUGACCUAGAAUUAAAUUUAGGAUGAAAUUUAAACCUGAAAAGCAUGAUUUUGCACUGAAAUUGUCGGAUUUUUACUGAAAAUUUGAAUUUUGAGCAUGGAAUUUGUAAAAAUUCCAAAUUUCAUGAAAAAUUGAUCUAAAUUUAAAUUUUGACUGAAAAUUUCCAAAUUUCAUGAAAAAUUGAUCUAAAUUUAAAUUUAGGCUGAAAAUUUCCAAAUUUCAUGAAAAAUUGAUCUAAAUUUAAAUUUAGGCUGAAAAUUUCCAAAUUUCAUGAAAAAUUGAUCUAAAUUUAAAUUUAGGCUGAAAAUUUCAAUAUUUCAUGAAAAAUUGAUCUAAAUUUAAAUUUAGGCUGAAAAUUUCCAAAUUUCAUGAAAAAUUGAUCUAAAUUUGAAUUUAGGCUGAAAAUUUCAAAAUUUCAUGAAAAAUUGAUCUAAAUUUAAAUUUAGGCUGAAAAUUUCCAAAUUUCAUGAAAAAUUGAUCUAAAUUUGAAUUUAGGCUGAAAAUUUCAUGAAAAAUUGAUAUAAAUUUAAAUUUAGGCUGAAAAUUUCCAAAUUUCAUGAAAAAUUGAUCUAAAUUUGAAUUUAGGCUGAAAAUUUCCAAAUUUCAUGAAAAAUGGAUCUAAAUUUGAAUUUAGGCUGAAAAUUUCAUGAAAAAUUAAUCUAAAUUUAAAUUUAGGCUGAAAAUUUCAAAAAAAUUUGGCAUGAAAAUUGUAUUUUUCUUUAUGUUUAAUGUUGUCCCUAGCACUAUUUUGUUUGAUUUUUUUGGAAAAAAUCUGGAAUUUUCAAAUUUUUGAAGAAAAUAUUUGAGAAUUACAUCAAAAUCACCAGAAAAAGUUGGAUUUUGGCCCCAAAAUUUGCAACGUGGAUUUUUUUUGUUGGAAAUAUUUGAAUUUGCAAUUUUUUAAUCCACGUGGCAUUUUUUGCCCCAAAAUGAUCUAAAAAUCAUCAAAAACCGAUUAUUUUGCACUAAAAUGCUCCAAAUUUCCUUUUUUUGCAGGUCCAACAUAUUAUCAACCACCACACGGACCAUCAAUGUCGCGCCAAAAUUCAAUGCCCCAUCAACAAUUCGCCGGAAACAACAGAAAUAACGAAGGAGGAAGUGGCGGCUCGCAAGCCGGAUCACAAUCCGGCUCAGCAGGUCCACAAAAUUAG